AUGUUUUUAUUUGCAUCGAAAACCAACAAUUCUCAGUGGGCAACGGAUGAAUUAACAAACAUUUUAAAAACUGAGCCCAACGUGUCGCAUUGGACCUACGAACAAGUUCAUGUGUUUCUCUGUUCGGAACCAGAAUUAAUUCCACAAAAAGUGUUAAAACGAGUGAAACAAGAAGAGUGGUCAGGAUCGGAUUUAUUGGAGAAGGGAUGCAGUUGGUACUAUUUAACAAAGUUUUUGAAAUUGUCAUCAUCGGAUGCCACAUCGUUUCUGUUGGCAGUUGACAAAUUGAAAAAGAGAACUGGGUUGCCCUAUGAAAAUCCAAAGAAGUUGGACGAGUGA